UCCCCCUCUCUGGCCCCCACGGAGCAGACCACGACCCAUCUCGGCCAAAGAGGUUGCUUGGGCCUCCCGCCGCGCACUGCACGCUCUGGCGCGGGUUAAACAGAGGUGGGCUGAGGCCCACAAGGGCCCACCCCAGCCACCGCGUCGAGGCCCAGGACAGGGGAGGCCGGCCAGGCGCGGGAUUAGGGUUCCCCCCCCGACCCGAGCGCCGCCUCCUCGUUCUGUCGCCCAACCUCAUUCCCCUGUGCGCCCGGCUCCUCGGUCGGCUUCUCCUGCCCAAGUUGUGUGCGCCCCGCCCUCGCUCGCGCCUGCCUCCCUCCGACAGCCAGCAGGCGCCAUUCUGGCGCGCGGCUGGACUACGCUGCGGCCGACUCCCCUGUGCACGGUCGGCCGCCCCCUGCUCCCGUCCGCCCCUCUCUAAGGCUCUCCUACCGGGAGGCUCUGAUGACCCGUCAUGCUGGGGAUGGCCAGUCCGGCCGACCAGCUCUCCCAGCCCGCGGCCUCUCCCGUGAUCUCGCCCCGGAUGGGGGUGCCGGCGCUGGCUCGUCAAGUUCCGGCCGCGUGGGUACCAGUCGGCUAGGGAGGUCCCCGAAAUACUACUCCGGAACCUCCCUCCGCCACCCCCACCCGGACCGGGACCCCCGCCUGCCGCUGCCGGGCUCGUCGGGGGACAUUCGGAGUGUGAGGUCUGAUGUGGACCGGGAAGCGGCCCUUCGGGCUGAGUUGGUGGCGCGCCCCCCUCCGGUUUCUCGGCCUCGGGACGCGCAUGCUCCUCGCACUCCCCCUGCCCGUGCCCCUGCUCACCGGACCUCGGCGCCCACUUGGAGGCGGGAUCGUCAGGACCAUCGCUGGGAGGACCGGCGGGGCGGGCCGCAUGUGCGGCGCAGCGAUGAUGAUCGCCGCUCUGACUGGCGCACCUCUCGGGCGGAGGGUGCGGACUAGCGCCGGGAUGACGGGCCUCCCAGGCGCGUGUCCCCCGAGGUCCCGCCUGGCGCCCCUCUGCCCGCCCCGGCCCCGACUAAGAAGAAGAAGUCGAAGAAGAAGAAGGCCGCUGCUGCUACUCUCGCGGGUGCUGGGUGCCUGACCCUGUCGGGGGCUCCUGAACAGGAGGCUCUGGACCCCCCCCCCCUCCCGCCACGCGGGUUAGUCGCCAGCGCUCCCGUGAGGACACGAUGUGCAUCAACUGCGGAUGCGCAGGUCACUUCCGCUCGGAGUGUGAGGCCCCCCGCAGUGCCCCACGACCCUCGCAUACCUUGGGUAUGGUGCUGAGCGUGGGAGUUUCUACUUCGUGGAUGCGGAGAUUGAGGAGGAGCCGGCUCGGCCUCACCUGGCGACGGUCACCCUGGCUUCCGAGUAGGUCAUCCCGGAGGGGCUGUUGAUCUCGGCUGGCCUCAUCCGGGCUGAGCUCGCGGCUUACAUUGGCGACUUUCGUGAUUCCGAGUUCGCCUGGGAGGUGACUGAGACGGCCCCCCUCGUCUUCUCGGCACCCUUUCCCUCGGCCAAGCUACUCCGGGUCUGCUCACAUGACCUCAUCCGCUGUCCCAUCAACAAGUUCAUGAUUUCCGUGCAGGCGGCGGCGGCAGAACCUGACCCCGUCCCGCCCCUGGAGAAGGUGUGGGUCCUCGUAUAUGGCCUCCCAAGGGGAGGCAGCGUGGCUCCGCGGGGUGGCAAGCUUACCCACAUCCUGAAAGCUAUCUCCGAGCCGAUGGGCAAGUUGAUCACCGCCGACCUGGCAUCAUUUGAGGAUGAUGCUCCCGCCCGCAUUGAGAUCCUCUGCCCGGCUCCCGCUGAGAUCGAUGGCAUGUCCUUGGUCUUCUACUUCGGGUCCAAGGGCAGGCGCCUCACCUUCGAGCUCGAGUCCCCGACCCUCGUGGACCCGCUGGAUUCGGCCCUGGCUGGCCUAGCCCCUGGCGAUGGGGGGCUUGGUGGCGAGGAGGGAUCUUCGGAGGAGGGUUCGUCUUCCGAGGGCGAUGAGGAUGUUGGAGGGGCUCUGCCCGAACCGUCCGAUGGUCAGCGCAACCCCGACACUGCGCCCGCUGGACCGUCGGGGCCCGCGGAGAGUACCCCCGUGGUGGCUUUGGUGCCGAAGGCGGCCGUAGGCACUGGGAUGGCCCUCCCUGUCUCUGACCGCCUGGUGGUCGCCGCCGAGGAGGAGGUGAGUGUGGGUAUGGAGGUGUGCCCUGCCUCCUCCCUGCGCUCGCCUGGGGUGGUCUGCUACUCGCGUUCUCCGGGGUCCCCUCCUUCCCCGACCUUGGGGUCCCCGGACCCAGGCCCUCCUAUGGUCGUCCACCCUGGCUGGGUGUCUGAGACCCCCCCCCCCCCCCCCGCACCACGCUCGAGGCCACGUGAGGGCGCCUCCCUCGUGGUGGCGGCGCGACAGAGCACGCGGAUCAGCUAGUCCCGGAUCCUUCAGGAUAGCCGCAUCCCGACGAUCCCUGAGCUGGCGGCUUGCUGUGCUGCAGCCCGUGAUCUGUUUUCGGCACCGGGAGCGGAGACCGAUUAUGUGGAGUCAGGAGAGUA